GACAUACCAAGGCAUAGGCAUGAGUCUCAACACCGGCAUUGUGACCACGCUGAACUACGGGGCGGACAUCCCGCCGGCAGUCUCAUAUGUGACCUUCGCCCACGAAAUUGGUCACAACUUUGGAUCAGACCAUGACCCGGAUUCCAAUCCCAUCUGCACUCCGGGAGAUCCAACCGGAAAUUACAUCAUGUAUUCGCACGCGAGUCUCGGCACAAAGCCGAACAAUACCAAAAUGUCUAGUUGCAGCAUAGAGUCGAUUGGUCCUAUUUUGAAAGCCAAAGCAUGGAGUGCGGGUGGAUGUUUUGUUCAGAAUACGGGGCAGAUAUGUGGUAACCGUGUGGUGGAAGGAGACGAGGAGUGUGACUGCGGGUGGGGCGAGGAGUGUGUCGAGAGCUGCUGCAACCCCCAGGUGGAGAACCCAGGGCUACCCCGGGUGGAGACGCCAUGCACACGGAAAUCCUCGGCCGUUUGCAGUCCCAGCGAGGGCGCUUGCUGCAAGACCGACUGCACGUACUCUGGCACGGAUCACUCGUGCAGGAAUGAGUCUGGCUGUCUGGAGGAGGCUUUCUGCAAAUAUCCUUAUUUCUUUUUUUCACUUCUAUGUUUUUAA